AUGGGGGGCUUGGUGGUUAAGAAAGCCCUUAUUCUAGCACAUGAACGCUCUUCAGCCCACGGUGCCUUGCUUCGUAAUGUUUUCGGAGUUAUAUUUUUGGGAACACCUCAUAGAGGGUCACGGAUUGCGUCCUGGGGAUCAAUUGUUGCUUCCGCAGCGCGAGCAGCUCAGUUAGGCACAGGCACCAAUAGCGGUCUUGUUACCCUUCUAAGCUCGAACUCCGAUGCACUCUGGGAUAUAUCUACUCAGUUUAUUGAACGCGCCGAGGGUCUUGAUAUUCGUACUUUCUAUGAGACGGAAACAAUGGAAGCGAUGAACUCUCUGAUAGUGGAUAUCGACUCUGCAAGGCUGAAUCUACCAAAUGAAUCGGCGAUACCAAUUGGCGCAAAUCAUCGGGAUAUGUGUAAAUAUUCUGCCAUAAACAGUCAAAGAUAUCGCCCGGUAUGGGAAGCUCUGCAGGGGAUGGUAGAAAGCGCGGUCAAACAUGGGCAGGAAUUACCUGAGCUCCAUCAGAAAAUCCUAGCCUGUCUACACCGCACCGACUACGAGGAAUACAAGGAGACAAUUGAUACUCCUGUCGAAGGGACAUGUACAUGGUUUCUUCAGAAUCCCAAAUACAAAGGCUGGCUUCACGAAGAAGGUUCCAGCGCCCUCUGGGUCUCUGGGGAUGCUGGAAGUGGAAAGACAGUCCUCUCGACUUUUCUGAUUGACGGUUUAAAAAAGAAAAUAUCCGGAUGGUCAUCGCCGACUACCGUGUGCUAUUUUUUCUGCGACGAAAAGCUAGAAUCCCAAAAUGAUGGAAGUGCGAUUCUCGCUGGGCUGCUUCAUCAAAUAUUCUGUUCGAACUCAAAACUUAUCCAUCAUGCAGAAAAUCGUUUCAAGACAAACAAUACUCGGAUAACCAGAGGAUUCCAAAGCCUUUGGACUAUCUUCCAAGCAGUCUGCGAAGAUCCAUUUGCUGGAAAUUUAAUAUGUGUCGUCGAUGGUCUUGAUGAGUGUGACGAGUCCUCCGGGCGACAGUUCAUUGAACGUAUUACAUCCUACGUGACGAAUAAAAGCCGAUCAGAUAUAUCUGCUCUCAAGGUUUUAAUGACUAGCCGAGGAAACAAAUCGAUUGAGGAUAGCUUCCGGUCCUUUCACAAUAUUCGAAUCCGAGCAGAAGACUUGGUGGAAUUCACAAAGGAGGACGUCGCUAAACUGAUAAGAUUCAGAUUGAACAAAAUUCAAGCAUCGACAUUAUGUUCCGACGACACCAAGCGGAGGAUAGAGUGUGAACUAACGAAAAAAGCCGAUCGCACAUUUCUCUGGGUAUCGCUCAUUCUCGAUCUUAUCGAGAAAAGCUCUGAUGCCUCCGACGAGGGUCUUAUUUUGACACUGUCCACAUUGCCCCGGGAGCUGAACCAAGUUUACGAAAGUAUUCUUGACCGAAGCCCGGACCCAAAAAACCUUGUGAAGCUGCUCUCAAUUAUAGUUGCGAGUCAAAGACCUCUCAGCCUCACUGAGCUCAACAUGGCUCUUAGUAUCCGUCCUUCUGAUAGAUCACGAGUGGAUGUCCAGCCAAGAUGGCAACCCAAUAUGUCCAGGAGGAUCAAAGGGGUCUGCGGACCAUUUGUGCGCAUAAUCCAUGGAAGAGUUUAUCUUGUUCAUCAAACGGCAAAAGAAUUUCUUCUCUGUCCUUCAAAUUUCGAGCGAUCCUCUCCUUUCUCUUGGGAACAUCGCCUGGAACUUCCUCAGGCACACCUUGAGCUUGCCCAAAUUUGCAUCUGGUACCUCGCAUUUGAUGACUUCAUGGCAAUACAGUUUCCUCGAGUCUCCCAUGAUGAAACGGACGUUUACUCAAUUACGAAUCUCCACCCACACGAACACGAACACGAACUUUUAGACUAUGCGUCAAAUCAUUGGGGAGCUCAUGUUCGACUUGCGGAUACUGCAGCCGGACCAGACCUCCUGCAAAAUGCACUUCGGCUAGUCGACCCUCGUACGAAAAAUUUCCAGACCUGGUUUCAGCUGUACUGGAUCAGUAUCGCUAAAGUUUGGAGGUUCCCUGAUGAUCUCACAUCGCUGAUGAUAGCUUCUCACUUGGGGCUCCGGAAACUUGUUCAAAUUAUCACAAAAGAUGAAGUCAAUCUAAACACUCAGGACGAAGAAGGGUGGACAGCUAUGCACUGGGCAGUCUGGGAAGGGCAUGGAGUCAUUUGGGACGGGAAUGAAGCUGUGAAGCAACUACUGUCCUCGGGAGCUCUCCCUACAGUAAUCGACAAACAGGGAAUGGCCCCAUUGCACUGGGCAGUGGCAGACGGACAAGAGAAUAUCGUCCAAUUGCUCUUGGACUCUGGUGCUCCGGUUGAUAUGAAAGACUGUCGAGGGAGUACGGCCCUUCACCUCGCAGCUGAGAAUAGCCAUGUUGGGGUUUUGGAACUGUUGAUAGAUCACGGAGCCGACAUAGAUGCAGUGGAUUGUGAUGUGAUUGACGAUACCAAGUCUGAAGAGGCUGGUAUAUCAAUUAACCCGGCAAAAAGAAAACGAGAGGGACACGAAUAG